CUCUUAUUCAUUUGAACUUCAUUUCAUCAUAAUCAUCGUUCUUGGAUCGUCAUCUCUGCCGUGUUGUUUCGUUCUUCAAUCAUACGCAAAGAUCUUGUUAUUUCCAGCAGUAACGAUGGUGGACGAGGCACCGUUUAGGGCAAGAGAGAAGCUUAUUGAGAAGCAAAGAUUGUUUCAAAGCAUCCACAAACACACUCAUCUCAAGGGUCCGGUGGACAAGAUUACUUCCGUUGCCAUCCCUCUUGCAUUGGCUGGUUCUUCGCUGUUUCUCAUCGGACGAGGAAUCUAUAACAUGUCGCAUGGGAUCGGAAAGAAAGAAUGAGCAUGUGAAUGUUUAAGGUUUUACAUGGUUAUAAGUUUGAAUAAUCACUUAAUAAUGGUUUAAUGAUUUUAUUUUAUAAAUUAUUAUCUGUUUGGUGCUUCUGGUAAAACCAUGGCAUGUUGAGAAAUAUCUGGAAAUAAAUGGUUAUUGUUUUGGAAUUAUAUUUUUGUAGAAAUUGUUUAUAAUGA